AUGACACAGAAUGCUAUCUCAUUCAACCAACCAGAGCGCAAUGCUUCCUCUAUUCAACUAUUGUGCCUGUACCCACACUUGUUUGCCUCCUAUUUUCCAUCCUAUUUGUCCCUGGCCCACUGA